UACACGUUCCGUUAAAAGUGGCGACAGAAAUGACCGUUACCGGAAAUUUUGGGAUAAUGCACAGACCUUGUUUUUCGGGAUACCCGUUUCAAGGCCAAGGUCGAGUUAAUCAACUGGGCGGCGUGUUCAUCAACGGACGUCCGUUGCCUAACCACAUAAGACUGAAAAUCGUGGAAAUGGCUGCCGCCGGGGUACGUCCUUGCGUCAUUUCCAGACAGCUGAGGGUGUCGCACGGCUGUGUUAGUAAAAUACUGAACAGAUAUCAGGAGACGGGAUCGAUCAGGCCAGGGGUUAUAGGAGGCUCGAAGCCCCGGGUCGCCACCCCUGAAGUGGAGACGCGCAUCGAGCAGUACAAACGGGAAAACCCGCAAAUAUUCAGCUACGAGAUACGCGACCGUCUAGUCAAAGAGGGGAUCUGCGACCGGAGCACUGCGCCCAGCGUUUCGGCCAUCUCGAGACUCCUCAGGGGCAAGGGCGGGGAGUGCGACGGCGACAAAUCGAGCGACAACGAGGCAACAUCGGAUUGCGAAAGCGAACCCGGGAUUCCUCUGAAACGGAAGCAGAGACGUUCGAGGACAACUUUUACUGCCCAUCAACUCGACGAACUGGAGAAGGCGUUCGAAAGAACCCAGUAUCCGGACAUUUACACCAGGGAGGAGCUCGCCCAAAGAACCAAACUGACUGAGGCGCGAAUACAGGUCUGGUUCAGUAACCGCCGCGCCAGACUACGGAAGCAGCUGGCCAGCACGAGCAGCUCCUACACCCCGAUAGGGGUGGCGUACUCUGCCCCCACCACGCCGUAUCCUUCGUCGAUUGGUCAAGGGGUGACGUCGGAGGGCAGUUUUUCUUCGGCCGCGUCGGCCGUGUCGGCGAAUCAAAUGGCCGACCUCUACCCGCCGCACAACCACUCGACGUCGCCUGGUCUACCGUUGGGCGACAUCAAGUGGGAACACCCGCUGGCGCACAAUCAUUUCCCCCCACACCAUCCGAUCUAUCCACCGGGCGCGAAUCUCGUCCCGAUCGCGCAGAACCUCCAAAAUUUGGGUCAGUCGGGCGAGAUAAACUACAAGGACGGCAACGAUAACAAUAUCCAUCAUUCCGUCAGUCCCGGGGAGCAGCAAUACGGAAAUAUGCCCCCCACCCCUAACAGUAUGGUUACCAUGAUAGGACCUACCAGCGGCAAUAGUUCAAACAGUACCGAAGGCGCCCAACAUCAAGAGUCGAACAACCUCCAGCAUUUGCCGGCGUCUUGGCCGAUGUCGCCCAAUCACCAACUGAGGAACCUGAGCCCGGUCAAUAGUCACCAAGCGAUACCUAGCAGUCUGGGUCAGUUGGGUCAGCCGCUCGCCCAAAGUUUGACCAGUUUCGGACAAAAUAUGCAGCACGGCAUCCACGGGUACUCGAAUCACGCGCCCAAGGGAUUCGGUCACCAGCCGUUUUACGGUUGGUACUGACAGUUUGAGGUUAGGUGCCGAUUACAUUAAGCGGAGCGGGAAACUAGGUUAGCGAACGAUAGUCUUAAGUUUGUAAAUA